UAAAGAUCUUCAAGAGAAAGAAACAAUAGUCAUGGAAACUAGCAAGUUCAGUUUGCUAUUCUUUUACGUAAUUUGUCUUGCUAUAUUCCCUACCCUUAACGCUAACAUAGGUCACUUCGAUCAUGUCUGGCAUAGGCGAUUAAAAGAAGCAAGAGAAGCCGCAAAACAAGCUUACAAGCCGAACCCCAUGAAAGUUACCGCUGAGUUCAAUACACAUGUCAUCAGGGCAAUGAGAGGCUCCAACAACUCAAGAAGGGGCUUAUCAAACCAAUACGAUGGUCCAUGCAAGGCGACAAACCCCAUUGACAAAUGUUGGAGAUGUGACCCCAAUUGGGAGAAAAACCGCAAGAGGCUAGCAGAUUGUGCCCUAGGCUUUGGCCAUGGCACAACAGGGGGCAAAGAUGGCAAAAUUUACGUGGUUAACGACUCUUCCGACAAUGACCUCGUAAACCCUAAACCAGGGACAUUGAGACAUGCUGCAAUUCAAAGAGAGCCACUGUGGAUCAUUUUUGAUCGAAACAUGAACAUUAAACUUCACGCGGAGCUCAUGCUAACGGAUAAUAAGACCAUAGAUGCACGUGGUGCCAAUGUGCACAUUAGUGAGGGUGCCCAAAUAACGUUGCAAUAUGUGAAAAACAUCAUCAUUCACGGUCUGCACAUUCAUGACAUUAAGAAAUGUAGUGGUGGCCUCAUCAGAGACUCCAUGGAUCACUAUGGAGUCCGUGCCAUGAGUGAUGGGGAUGCCAUUUCGGUGUUUGGAUCCACAUAUGUUUGGAUAGAUCAUGUUUCCUUUACCAACUGCGAUGACGGUCUCAUCGAUGUCGUUAGCGCUUCAACUGCUGUUACCAUCUCCAACUGCCAUCUUACCAAACAUAACGAUGUAUUAUUAUUUGGUGCGAGUGAUAGCUACUCGGGGGAUAAAAUCAUGCAAGUGACUUUGGCUUUCAACCAUUUCGGGAAAGGAUUGAUUCAGAGGAUGCCAAGGUGCAGAUGGGGCUUCUUUCAUAUUGUUAACAAUGACUACACGCAUUGGCUAAUGUACGCCAUAGGUGGUAGCCAACAACCCACCAUCAUCAGCCAGGGCAACCGGUUUAUCGCCCCAAAUGACCGAAAUGCCAAAGAAGUGACAAAAAGGGACUAUGCACCAGAAAGUGUGUGGAAGAACUGGAAUUGGAGAUCAGAGGGUGAUUUAUUGAUGAACGGAGCCUUCUUUGUUCAGUCUGGGAAAAACGUAGCAAAAAAUCCCAAGGCAGAAAUCAUAGCAAAGCCUGGGAAAGCCGUAUCGAGUCUCACUCGCUUUGCAGGUCCUCUAAAAUGUGAAGUAAACAAGUCGUGUUGAACCAAAUAAAGAGCUUCUUUUGUGGUUGUAACAUAAAUAAGUCGUGUACAUAUCAAACCCGAAGUGAAUGCUUCCGUGGUUUUUUAAUUCCUUUUCCUCGCUUUGUUCUUCCUUUUCCCUUGGAUUAUAUGAUUUGAGGGAUCUGAGGCAAAGAAAAUAGUAGAACUAAGAUGUACUCCCACUGUCUUUAAUUAUAAGACUUAAUUUAUUAAUUUAACAUUUAUUAAAAAAAAUUGAUUAAUUUA